GAAGCCCCCGAGCCCUGACAGGAGGGAUUCGAACCCCAGCAGUCUGCAGAGCCCUGGCCAGCAUCUGACGCUGGCUGCCUCCUGUCUCCCGCCGACGAUGAGAGCUGACCCCUCAGCUGUGAAAUGGGCACCAUAAUCGUAGAUCCUGUUAUCGGGCUGUUACUGAGGUCAUAAGUCUUCAGCGUUUCUGAACGUUUUAUAGCAGUGCUGUAGUAACGUGGAUUCCUUACGUAGACUUCUAGUAGACUAGAGGUCCGUGAGUCUAGGAGAUUUAUUUAAAGGACUUAUGGGGGAGGAGGUCUCUGAAUAUAAAACAAGAGGGGUUAAGAGUGAAGCUCAGUGUUACUGCUUUUGACGUUGACCUUGGGUUCAACCCCUCCCCCUAAUGGAGGAAGAGGACUUACUGAUGGAAAAAGAUAAAGGAGGAAAAGAAAGUUGAUUUCUGAGACACAGUCAACUUUGGGUUGGUCUGUGUUUUCCAGUUUAGUAGUAAACCUGGACACAUAGCAGGGUGUAAGAGUGGCCUAGGGCCAUCAUCCUAAAGGAACAGAAAAUGCCCUAAAACCUUCAGAGUACCUAGAACACAGAGUGGCUGAGCAGUUGGGUGAUAAAGACGGAGAUUUUUGUCAGCACCAUCUACAAGAGAUUUUAUAUUUUCCCACUUUUGAACACCUUGAUGCACUUCAGGUUCUGCCUUUCAUAUACCGGGCCAUAGGUUCGAAGCAUCUUCCUGCCAGUAACAUAAGCUUUUUACAUUUUGACUCCCAUCCGGACCUCCUUAUCCCUGUGAAUAUGCCAGCGGACACUGUGUUUGAUAAGGAAGCACUCUUUGGAGAACUAAGUAUUGAAAACUGGAUUAUGCCCGCAGUUUACGCCGGCCAUUUUUCUCAUAUAAUAUGGCUUCAUCCCACAUGGGCUCAGCAAAUCAGAGAGGGCAAACACCACUUCGUAGUAGGCAAAGACAUUUCUACCACCACAAUCAGGGUUACCAGUACAGAUUAUUACUUCCUAAGUGAUGGUCUCUUUGUACCUGAAGACCAGCUGGAAAACCAAAAACCAUUGCAGUUGGAUGUGAUCAUGGUAGAACCUUACAAACUCUGUAACAAUCAGGAUGACAGUGACUCCGUGUCUUCUGCAAAGAGGCCCAAGCUGGCACUGGGCGGUAGAGAGAGCACUUCCUCUGCUAAUGGGGACCCUUGCUCAGAAGGACUGUCAGGGGAUGCAGGGACCCCAAGAAGUGACCAUGCUUGCCAAGAGACAUCAUGCUCAUGUUCUGGAGGCCAGCAGUACCAGAGCCCAGCCAGCACUGGGAACAUUCUGGAAAUGCUGAAGGAUGGAGAUGCGUUUGUUUUAGAUAUUGACUUGGAUUUUUUUUCUGUCAAAAAUCCCUUCAAAGAAAUGUUCACUCAGGAUGAAUACAAAAUUCUACAGGAACUUUACCAGUUUAAAAAGCCUGAUAGUAAUCUUACUGAGGAAGAUUUGGUAGAUAUUGUUGACACUCGAACUCACCAAUUAGAAGACUUAGAAGCAAUUUUUGCUGAUUUGUGUGAUGGUGAUGGUGAAGAAACUGUACAGAGAUGGGCUUCAAACCCUGGAAUGGAAUCACUAGUUCCACUUGUACAGAGUUUGAAAAAACGGAUGGAAGUACCAGACUAUGAAAUGGUUCACCAGGCUGGGCUAACCUGUGAUUAUUCAGAACUCCCUCAUCACAUCAGCACAGAAGAAGAAAUUGAGUGCCUUAUUCAGUCUGUGUAUUAUCUACUGAAAAAUCUUCCAAAGCCUACUCUUGUGACAAUUGCAAGGUCAAGUCUGGAUGAUUACUGUCCUCCUGAACAGGUUGACAGCAUUCAGGAAAAGGUCCUCAGUGUGCUGAGCUCACUCUACGGGACCCUGGACACUCACCUGGUAUAUUCAGAGGAGUCUCCUCCAUGUUGAAGCUCACAGAGCACUAGGCUCCUGUGCAGUUGGUACAGCAGCAGGGCUUUUGUUUGUGAGUCUUCCAGAGGACACUUUCAUUUUUUGGCUUUUUGAGACAGGGUGUCUGAGUAGCCUUGACUGUCCUGGAACUUACUCGGUAGACCACACUGGCCUCAAACUCACAGAGAUCCGCCCAUCUCUGCCUCCCAGUGCUGGGAUUAAAGGCAUGUGCCACCACCACCCAGCCAGAGUACACUUUUUAUGUUAACUUUCAGUUGAAAUCAGUCAGAUAUUUUGAAUCUCAAGCAAACAUCAGUUGUUGAAUACGGCAAUUGAGGUAGAGGUAGGAGAUGUUUGUUGGUUUGGUUUUAUUGGGUUUUUUUUUUUUUUCUGGUUUUUCGAGACAGGGUUUCUCUGUGGCUUUGGAGCCUGUCCUGGAACUAG